CCUUUUAAAGAGAUACGAUCAUUUUACUUCAAAACAUAAUUCUUUCAAUGGAUUCUUAUUUUUCUGUCUUGUUUAUGUUCGUCUAUUGAUUAUAUGUAUCUAUUGUUUAAGUUUUUAAGAAUUUAACAUGGAAAGUGUGACAGUUAUAAGAAAAAGUGGCCGUUGUUUGGAUAAUAGCAGCCAGUGUAGCACAUAAACAUUACAUAUCUCAGUGUGAGCUAAGUCAGGUAAACAUGAUGAGUGCCUCAGACUUUGACCUGAUUUUACUCAUGAAUUCCUUCAGGACGCUGAAACAUGAUUCAGCUCCUCGAAGGUGGAAAAAGCAUGAGAUCAGUCGUGUUCUAACCCGCCCAAAAGGACAAAGCCCCUCUUAAUCUCAGUCACUUCCAGUGUUACAGUAUUAUUAUCCGGGUUAAAACUAGAGAAGACAUUGGCCUUAAAAUACAUGUAUACGUUAUGUUUGGACCUACUUUAUUGAGUCCAAUGAUGAAUAGAAUAACCUAUACUCUGCUUUUAAAAAUAACUACUUUAUCUAACCCAAUUUAAAUAAUGUAUACAACAUAACAUCCAUGAGUUGUCCGGCACAUCUGCUGAAAUAACUAAAGACUUUAAAGUAUACAUCUCCCCUGAAACCGAGCAAAUUGAACCUCUGUGCUUUGACCUUGGGUGUUGGCAGCCGGUGUAACUUAAACUUUAACAUAUAGCACCUCCUAGUGGUGGUUUGGUAGCAUCAUGUAUAGCCCCUUUAUUAACAAUGUCUAUUAAUAAUAUAAAAAUAAAUGUAAAAUAAAUCCAAUGAUGCGGGAUCAUUUUUUUAUAUUUCAGUCUUUCAAAAGUAGUAAAGUUCAACUUCAGAUCAGGAAGUAUAAUGUUUUUCAUCUAACUGGUGAUUUAUGAACUGAUCUUAAAGUCAAACCACAGAUUAACCCUUGUGUCUUUACUGGAAAUGUGUGUGUGUGUGUGUGUUGCAGCGUGCUCUCCACACCUCCAUGCCCUUCACGGUGUUCUGCCUCAGCGGCUUCUCGGCCGGCUGCCUCAGCCUCCUGCUGCCGGAGACUCUGAACAGACCGGCAGUCGACACUCUGGAGGAGCUGAGCAACGACACACACUGCAGAGUGCUGGAGAGCAAGGCUCUUUUGUACGAAGAUGACAAACUGAAAUCGAACCACAAGUGAGGCCUUCAUCACAUGAUUCCUUAUGAAGCUGCUGCACCAGAGAAACGGUGACCUGUCCCUUCUUUUAAUUACCUCGAAGGACUGAUCGCCACGUUAACGUCUCUGAACACACACCGUUAGGGACGAAGAAGCUGCUCUGCCUCCAGGACGAAGGUGUAAUCAUCUGCUCCUCUUGUGUGUGACUCCACGGGAAAACACAGUCGCCAAACUGCCUUUCUAUUUCCUGAAAAAAACAAGGUGUUUGUGCCUUACCUGGAGGUACACCGGGCGACAAAGACACGUAUGUGACUUUAAUUACAUUCCAGAGAUGCCAGAGAAGGGGGAAAUCCAACUUGCUAAUCGCAGGUUUUUCUAAAUAAAGUUUAGCGACACGAUGCAUCCACAAACAUUCCCGAAAAUACAGUCAGGUUAGAUUUAUAGGGACCACAAUCAUUCUUCAGGGGAACGAUUCAAUCUUUCUCUUGUGUCUCCGUCCUGAACGUCCUAGAGAGUGGAAACACACGUAAUGAUACACAGACUUUCCAAUAUUUCCUUUUCUUACAGUCUGACCUGCUGAUUCUACCUUCUUUCUAAGAACUAUGACAGACCAGCAUUUUUUGUAGCGUUCCUUUUUAUGGAAGUUUAAAUCGAAUGAAAUUUUAUAUUUUGACUACUAAAUAAUAAUGUCAACUUUUUCUCAUUGACUUAAGGAGUUAAUGAUUUCUGGAAGUCUGAUCUGCAAAUUGCCUUUACAUGCACACAUAAACACAAAUAUAUGUAUGUACCUUUUCUUUCGUGAAACAUUCAAAUAGAAUUUUAUUUUUUUACAUCAUAAAACGGUGACUAUUGAAUAACAAUUUCUCAAAAUCUGCACAAACGUACAGGAACUCAAAGUCAUCUCCAAACUAAAAAGUGCUCCAGGUUCUUCUUAAAGAGGCCCUGUUAUGCUCUCUGGGGUUUCCUCUUUGCGUGUGUUUCAGUGCAUGUAAAUGGCCUGCAAAGGCUAAAAGGCCAACGUUUCUCUUAAAGGUUAAUGCAUGACCAAAAAGCUAAUAAGAGAGUUUCCACUGCACUAAAGUUUACAUAAUUCUUCAGUUAGAAAUAAUAAUAACUGCCUAAUUUGGUUUGAUUUCAGGGUUUUCUGUCGCUUAUCGCAUUCUUAGUGCAUUUAUUUGAUUCGAUUGGAUAAAUAAACACAUUUGCUGCUCAUUUAGAGGUGAUAUUCUGAUGAGCCUUCAAUGAGGUUAAAUAAGAGUAAAAACACUGGAGAGAAAUCAUUCACCAGCCUUAAAUUGAAUGCUUGUAACAAGAAACAUCUUUAUUAAACACGACGAUAAGUGACGAGCAAAGAGACUCACAUGUAGCGACAGCAAGCAGAUUAAAAUUGCUCAAUUCCUUAUAAGUGUUUGAGCUGUAAUCAUGCAGCACUCCAGUACAGACUGAGGGUGAAAUGCAUUGUGGGACAUAUUUUGUAAGUCCGAUGGGACCGGUUGAAUUUACGAUGAUUCAUAUUUAUUUAUUUCCUCUUAUCAUGUUUUCUAUGUCCGGAUUUUGAUACCAAGUAUUCUGUAAUCCGUUAAAUUACCCAAACACACAUUUCCCUGUGACAGAGGGAAGAAGUUUGCACACCGUUUUUACCACAAAGCAGGAAAUGCUGUAAAGUGAAUGUGGUCAUUUAAUUUAAAUCCACUUUUGUAUGUGUUCCUCAUAACCUCGUGUGCCUUCCUCUUUACCUCUAAAGUUAAGAUAUCAGAUGUAGUGUUAAAGAUAAAUAUAUUAUAUAAGAUAUUGAGAUGCCAAUUUUGUAUUGUGUAUGCAAUCAUAUUGUUCCAAUGUGUACUGUGUCUCUGGGUACGAUCUAUGUAAACAGUAAACAGUUGAAAACAUAAAUUGACGUCUAUUCAUUAAUUUAAAAAAUGUAAAUACUUGAAAUGCAAGUUGGUUUCUUUUUCUUUAACGCUGUACAUUUUGUAUUAAGUUUUUGUAUUAAUGUAUUUAAUAUGUACUAUUUACUUGGCUCGGGAUUCAAAGUUUUAAGUUUGAACUCUGACAAUAUGUUUCCAACUCUAAUACUUUCUUCCCACGUGGCCCUAAAGAGGAACUUCAAUAUAAAAAAGGACACUGUCAUUCUAAUGUGACACAAAGAGCGUUAUGCUUUAUGCUGUCUCAUAAAGCCACAGAACUGAGAGGCUGAUGCUGAGGUGAAACAGAUCCUCUCAGUCCUGCACUGAGCUGUGAACAUGGGGGAAGUGUUGGUGGUUUCUCUGCUGGUGUUGGCCUCUCUUCGCCCUGCUUCUACUGAGGAGAAGUUCAUCAAGGAAGGCGGUAGCGUGACGCUGGACUUGAGGCCUGCUCCUUCCGAUCCGAUCACCAUCAUCCAGUGGAAGUUUCAAGAUAGUAUUCUGGCAGAAUGGGUGGAAGAUGUGCUUCCUUUGGCCCAUAACAGAGAACACAUCAAACUGGACAUAGCCUCUGGACGUUUAGCUAUGGAGAAAAUGACCAAAGCUGAAGAGGGUGUGUAUUCAGUGGAGGUUAACAACCUAGUGCAAAAAGUGACAUACAACGUUAUGUUUAUCAAAGAUGUUCCCAAGCCGGACAUAUGGAUCGCCCCGCUGACAUGCAGCCAUGAAAGUGACCAAUGUACCCUGAGCUGUGAGGGGAACACCACCGGGGCUGAACCCAUCACUUACAGCUGGAAGACCGGGGAUGGAGAGUGGAAAGAGUCGGGGAAGGUCAUGCCCAUCACUCAGGAAGACCAUGGACAUGUGAAGACCUUCACCUGCAAGAUGAAGAACCCAGUAAGUGAGGAAGAAAGUGAUCCACUUCCAAACAGACUCCUCAGAGAGAUGCCUCUGGAGAGUUCUGGAGUAAGAUAUGAAGCUGUGUUGAUCAAAGAAGUUCUGAAUCCGGCCGGGUCCUCGUGGGGCUGCUGGAGGCUGGGAGCCGGGCCUUGGACUGAGUGGAGGCAGCUUCAUCUGGACGUCCUGCUCAGGGAUCCAGAGCAACGUGGAAGAGGGUUCUGGUGCAGGAUGGAGGUCCCGGACCCCCGUGGGGAAGAAAGAGCAGCCCGCAUGAUUCUGUUCCUCCCUGCAGACUCUGGAUCAAAGUGUUGGGCGCUGUGAUGAGAUCCCUGGCUCUCCUCGCCCUGCUGGGGGUCGUGGUGUUUGCGGUGUGGAGGAGCAGAGAGACUCUCAGGAGACUGAUGUGUCCGUGUCAGAGCAGAGAGAGGGAUUAUGAAAAUGAAGCUUAAAGAGGGUGUUUGCUGUUAUUUCUUAAACAUGAUUAUAGCACGUCAGCAGCGAAUGCAGUCAAAUAUGAAAUAAAAUAGUUGUAUGUAUUACUUUUAAAACAGCUUUGCAUAUGUUUUUGUUCAAUGGUGACGAUAUCAUGUAUUCAUUUAUCUUGCAUGCAGUUUAUUU